GUAACAUUCUCUCCCUCUUUUCGUCCUAAAAUAAAAACAAAGGCUUAGAGAUUUUUCUUAUUGGCCACAGUAGUAAGGGGUGGUGGUUUAGAUUCAGAAAGGGAUUUGUUCCUGUGAAUCAUAGUCUACAAAAGUUGAAGCUAAUAAAGAGAGAAAAAAGAGAAAUCGAACCAUAUCAUCACCAUCAUUACUAUCAUCACUACUUCAAAGCUCAACCAAUAUAACACACUCAAAAAUUCCAAAAAUUAUUCCUCUUUUCUUCUCCUCCUUCCACCUUUCUCUGCCAACCUUUUUGUUACAACUUUUGUUUCCCCUUCUCUUGCUCCCUCUAUGUCCUCUCAUCUCAUGUCUAAAAUUUCCACUUCUUCUUCUUCUAUCUCUUCAUUUCUCUCUUUUUCAUCACAACUUCUCAUAUAUUUCUCUCUUCUAUCUCUUCAUUUCUCACAACUUCUCAUAGAUUUGAGAGGGAUACUGAGUUCGCUUUCUUUCUUCACCAAUUUUGCCAUCAAAUUUCUCUUUGCUUUUGGUAUGGCUUAGCUGAUCACAGAGGAAACAGAGUAGAGGAAGAGGGUAGAAACUUAGGGAGAAUGGGUAGAAGGGUUCUUUGUUGUGUUAUAUUCAUCCAACUCAUGACGAGACAUUUGCUCAUUUCAGGUGACUAAUGGGCUCUCAUAUUUUCUGUUCAAACACUCUGAUUGGGACAGUGUAAUUUCUUUGGUUUAAUGUGUGUUGUUGUUCUUGUAAGCUAAGAGAUGCUUUCUGCUUUAUUCUGUCUUGCAUUAUAUAUUCUUGUUUAUGCCUUUGUUCUUUCUCGUUUUGAUUUCUUGAUGUUCAUUUUGCAUCAGCUAAUGGUUCAUUAUUGAUCAAAUCUCUCUGUUCUGCAUGAAUGCUGACAAUCAACACUCAUGUUCUGGGUUCUGGAUUAGUGGAAUUUUUUGGUUUUUCUUACCUUUAUAUGUAAAUGGACCUGCUUUUUAGUGGCCAAUUACUUUUACCAAUAAAGCAUAUAUUAAUGCACUCAGAGGUAACAUCAUGGCUGGCUUACUUGAAUAUGAAAUUUUGUCUUUUGCAUUUGAUCCCUUCUUGUAACCUUGAAUGUUUGGAGUGAUCCUAUUGGCUAUUUCUUUGCAAAAUUGCUUCUUCACCAUUACUUGUUUGAAAAUCUUAAUUAAGCUAAGAUUUUGUGAUUUCAAUCUGAUCUUGUCUGAAAGAAUUGUCCUGUUUUCAUUUUCACCAGCACUUGCCACAAACUCUGAAGUAGUAGUGCAAAACAAAUUGUCAAUCUCCACAACAGAGAAAGACAUUACUACUCCUAUUACAACACUUCCAAUAACAACCCCCGGGAAUCCAACCGCGACAAAUCCAACGUUCAACCCAACUGUUUCGAAUCCUGAAUCAGCUGCUGCAGCCAAUCCAAUGAAUCCAUUAAUGACGCCGGCCAGCAGUUCGACAUCACCACUGUCUUCGAGCGCAAGCUGGUGCAUUGCGAGCCCUUCGGCGUCGCCAAUGGCGUUACAGGUUGCUUUAGACUACGCCUGUGGUUAUGGAGGAGCAGAUUGUGCAGCCAUUCAACCAGGUGGAAAUUGUUACAAUCCAAACACAGUUAAUCAUCAUGCUUCUUAUGCUUUCAACAGCUACUAUCAGAAGAAUCCUGUUCCAAAUAGUUGUAAUUUUGGUGGCACUGCUGUUCCAACUAACACUGAUCCAAGUUCAGGCACAUGUCAAUAUAGGUCCACAAGCACAACCUCUUCAAUUCUGAACACUACCAAUUCAAGUGGAUCAAGAGUUUAUGGGGCAGGACCUCCUAUUACCCCAACAGGCUCAGGGGCCACUCUGUCUUUCAGCAUUGCUUAUGACUUUCACAUCUUGUCUUGUCUGUUAAGCCUAACAGUGGUGUCUAAUCUGAGCAGAUGAGAGCACAUGUGUUAUAAGGUUAAGGAUUUUAGGUUGUCUGCAGAACUUUUUGAAAGGUGAUUUCUGUAUGGAAAGUUGAGUUGAAUGUAGGUUGAAGAAAGGUUGUUAGGCAUUGGUAUAAUAGAGAGGAAAACUGGGGUAAUGUAAUGUAGGCUUAUUGCAAUGUAGAAGAAGCUAUUCUGCUGAGUUUUUUGGUGUUGGUAGAAGCUUCAAUUUAACUUUCCUCUUUUUGCUUCCCCUUAUUUAAUUUUUUUUUUUUUUUUCCUUUUGAAGACUAUGAAUGGAGUAUUUGAUCAAGUAUUGCCUCCAUUUUAAUUAAAAAAGAAUUCAAUUUGAUGAACUCUUUUAGCACAACACAUAUUGCACUCUUAUUUUGAGACGGA